CCACCUACAAUUGAAAACAACAUAUGCAGUACUGAAAAUAGAAUCCUCCAUGUUUAUUCAGAGACAUCGCCGCCUGCAUUACAAUCUGACUCUUUAGAACUUCAGGAGGAAACGCAAAAACAAUCUUAUCCAAUGUUUUUAUCGGGCUGUUAUCAACCUCUUAAGCAAACAUCUUCACGUGCAAUUUAUCGUAAUUGGAUGGGUCAAGGUAGAGACCAGUAUCAAAUUGACGCAGGUCAAAAACAAUUUGGUCCACAGCAGUGCAAGCAAUGUGGACUUUUAUAUAAUGUACACGAACCUGAAGAAGAAAAACUCCAUCGCGAAUUCCACUCUUCGUUGAAUAUUCUACGUUAUAAGGGAUGGAUUGAUGAAGAUAUUGUUGCAAUCUAUCCAGAGUGGGGAAACGAUGGUCGCAUAAUUCGUUUAACUAAUAACUCGCAUACUAAGCGAAAAGAACGUUUGACAGAAAUAUUAAAGAUAGUGGAUAAGGAACUUGGGUUUUCAUCGUAUAUAUUUCCAGGAAUAUUUGUUUGCUACUGUGCUGUGCGUAAAAGCCAAAUAGUUGGGUUAUGUUUGGUUGAGCCGCUUUCUUUCGCCAACAAAUACAUGUCCGUUAAAGGCAUAGAUUGUUGUACUGAAGAAAAAUAUGAAUCAAAGUGUGGAAUUUCUCGCCUAUGGAUCUCACCAUUACAUAGACGAAUGCGCAUCGCUUCUAAGCUAAUUCAAGCUGUUCAACUGAAUACUUUACCUAGUGAACAAAUUCCUAUUGACAAAAUCGCAUUUAGUGCGCCAACUGAGGCUGGAAAAAUGUUUGCUCAAAAAAUUACAAAAACUGAACAUUUUCUUGUAUAUCAAUAACUAAAGCUAUUUCUUUGUUGAAUUUUUACAUUUUUACUACUUAGUAGCAAAUCACAUGUAGAAACUUUAAAUCAUUUACUGUUUACUAAAAUUUUUAUUAAUAUAUGUAUUAUAAAGAAUAUAUUUUUAAUAAGUCG